AUGGGCACCAAGUUCGUAAAGGCGCUAUACUGGGAGGGCGUGGCGGUGUUGGAUGUAGAAAGCGGCAUGACGACACUGCAAAUCAAUCACCGUGGUUCCCCCCCAUGCCCCCCCCCCCUCCCCUCGUGCCUGUUCCACUCUCCCCCACCAGGCGCCAUGGACACCAAGUUGCUAGAAGCACUGUACUGGGAGGGCGUGCCGGUGUUUGAUCUAGAGAGCGGCAUGACGACGGACGACCCGGGGUGGGGCACGCCUGUGUUUCAUGCCAUGGGGCGCGAGAAGGUGACUCUCAUCAACGUCUUCCUCUCGCUGGGCGUGCAGCUGCUCAUAUGCGACACCGACACUGUGUGGGUGCGGAACCCGCUCCCCUACAUGGCGCGCUACCCGCAAGCGGACGUGCUCACUUCAUCCGACCAUCUAGUGCGCUCAGUGGAUGAUGAGUCACUGGAGCACUGGGACCGGGCCCAGGGGGCGUACAACAUUGGCAUUCUCCACUUCCGCCCCACGGACCCGGCCAAGCGGUUCGCACGGGCGUGGGCGGAACAAUUAGCAGCAGACGCCAAGGUGUGGGACCAGAACGGAUUCAAUGACCUUAUGCGGCAAAAGCUCGGGCCCGAUGUGAACCCCAACGGCAAGGAUAAUGUGUUCUGGGCGUUUGAUGGCACGCUCAAGCUGGGAAUACUGCCCGUGUCGCUCUUCUGCUCGGGCCACACCUACUUUGUGCAGCACCUGUACCGCAAGGUGGGGCUAGAGCCCUAUGCCAUGCACGCCACCUUCCAGUUCGCCGGCACGGACGGCAAGCGGCAUCGGUUCCGAGAGGCCAUGGCGUUCAUCGACCCUCCCCAGUACUACGACCCGCCAGGUGGCGUGCUGUCAUUCGUGAACAACAUCCCGGAGGAGUUGCUGACAGGUGGCGCGCACUCCAUACAGACCCACUUCAACCUCGUCAACUACCAGCUGGUCAAUCUCAGAUCAGCACUCGCCAUAGCUACGAUACUCAACAGAACACUCGUCCUACCAGCCACGUGGGUGCGCUACGACCGCAUCUGGUUCCCACACCCUGGGAUUCUAGAUGGCACCGACACACCCCAGCCGUUCCUGUCCCCCGUGGAUCAUCUGGUGGAGGUGCAGCGCAUGCUGCCAGGCAAGCUGAAUGACGACGAGUUCGGCCCGGCUGUGCCCAUUCGAGAAUACUCCUUCCUCAACAACCCUCGCACACCGCAGGCACUGCUCAAGUCGAAGCUGGCAGUGCAACUGUGUGAUGAGGGCUCGCCCGACUGCCCCAGCACGCCAGACCCUCCCAGCACGCCAGGCCCUCCCACUGCCACUGACACGAUCCGAGUCAAGAAGAACACACGCCAGAACGAGCUCAAGGCAGUGCUAUCGCGGUACUCAGACACAAAGUGGAUUGAGUUUUCCUCCAUGGUCGACUCGUUUGGAGGGUGGGACGACAAGGUGAGCGCAAAGAGACAAGACAAGGUGAAGCGGGAAGACAAGGUAAACCGGGAAGACAAGGUAAAGCGGGAAGACAAGGAAGGCAAUGGAGAAGAAGUUCAGAUGGCGGCUGCGGCAGUACGUGGGCAUCUGGUGCUGUGUGAACGCACAGCCAGGUACGCUGGCCACCCAGGUAUGGCCACCAGCCAUGCCAUGCCAUGCCUGUCAUGCCGCGCGGUGUUGUGCUGUGGUGACCACCUCAUGGUGCUGUGCUGUGGUGACCACCUCAUGGUGCUGUGCUGUGGUGACCACCUCAUGGUGCUGUGCUGUGGUGACCACCUCAUGGUGCUGUGCUGUGGUGACCACCUCAUGGUGCUGUGCUGUGGUGACCACCUCAUGGUGCUGUGCUGUGGUGACCACCUCAUGGUGCUGUGCUGUGGUGACCACCUCAUGGUGCUGUGCUGUGGUGACCACCUCAUGGUGCUGUGCUGUGGUGACCACCUCAUGGUGCUGUGCUGUGGUGACCACCUCAUGGUGCUGUGCUGUGGUGACCACCUCAUGGUGCUGUGCUGUGGUGACCACCUCAUGGUGCUGUGCUGUGGUGACCACCUCAUGGUGCUGUGCUGUGGUGACCACCUCAUGGUGCUGUGCUGUGGUGACCACCUCAUGGUGCUGUGCUGUGGUGACCACCUCAUGGUGCUGUGCUGUGGUGACCACCUCAUGGUGCUGUGCUGUGGUGACCACCUCAUGGUGCUGUGCUGUGGUGACCACCUCAUGGUGCUGUGCUGUGGUGACCACCUCAUGGUGCUGUGCUGUGGUGACCACCUCAUGGUGCUGUGCUGUGGUGACCACCUCAUGGUGCUGUGCUGUGGUGACCACCUCAUGGUGCUGUGCUGUGGUGACCACCUCAUGGUGCUGUGCUGUGGUGACCACCUCAUGGUGCUGUGCUGUGGUGACCACCUCAUGGUGCUGUGCUGUGGUGACCACCUCAUGGUGCUGUGCAUGCACAUCAUGGGCUUGCUGGCCUUUCCUGCAUGCCAUGCCAUGCUGAUCUCCCGUGCAUGGCAUUCCGACUCGAAGCCAUGUGACUGUUGA